AUGGCCGACCCACUAUCGAUCGCGAGCGGUGCUGUCGGGUUUGUUACACUCGGUUUGACCGCCUGCAAGAGCAUCGCCUCCUUUUACGAGACCUACAAGGACCAGGACGAGGAAACCAACAGUCUUGUUCGCAAAUCCGAAGAACUUCGCGUCGUGCUCGAGUCAAUCGAAUGCCAUCUACCACAGCUCCAGCAUAGCCAUCAGAAACUGGCCGAGAGCGUCGCAGCAUCUAUAGGGGAGCUGGUCAAGUCACUAGAUUCGCUCGACCCGGCUGUUGCGAAAAGUCGCAAGGCUAAGGACUCGAAAGACUUCAAGGAAAAGCUGCGCACAGUCUUUAGUCGGGCAGCAUAUCCGCUUCGGCGUGAAACCAUUCUUGACUUGAAUCGCCGUGUUAAUGACUGCAGAGAAAGCCUGUCCUUCGCUCUCACAGCUGUGGAAAUGUAA